ACAGUCAUAACAGUUGUUAGGCGAGAGAACAUUAGUCAAAGACUGCACCACGAAAUCUUCUAGAUAGCAUGAUGUCCAUCUACUCCGUCCUGUAUACUCUAGUGCUGUUCUCCGAGCUGAGCAGCCACCUCGUCACCGUCGCCAUGCCUGCAAACAAAGUAGGAGACGGCAUAAUAGAGCAAGACGGCCGGGGUUUGUUACUGGAGGACGAGCCAAUGUUGGAGCCUGUUGUGGUUCCCCCCGUGUACAGACGAAACUUUGUGCUGGACAACAAUGUGAGUAAUGAAGAUGGAAGCCCUGAAAUCAUCAUUGUCUCAGACAUGAGGCUGAAAGGACACAGCAUUCGUGGGCUGAACCCGGCCUUUACCCGGAGCCUUCCUCUGCUCACAGACCGAAGCUUGAGCCACGUUCCCGCCGAGCAGAGUUUGAAGAUCGAUCGCAGAAACUCCGACCUGGACAUGCUGCGGUGUAUGAUAGGACGAGUGUACCGACCCUGCUGGGAAAUAUAAAAGUCCUCCCGCGCCGUGAUGCCGCCCUCCAUUUGUGCCAUGUGCUGUAAAGAUUUCUUCCAUACGUGUUACGCUGAAAUGCAUUUCCUUGUAGAAAAAGAGCGCACAAAAAUAUAAAACAAAAUAAAAGUUUAUUUAAAAAGGAAAA